GCUGGCGCGCGGGCGCGGACUGAGGCUGCGCGGCUGCCCCGCCGCAGGUCCUGGGCGCCCGGGGCGUUGCAGCGUUGGCUCGCAACCCUGUGCGGUGCCGUCCGGCAGCCACAAACCUUCUCCGCGGGGUUGCGCCUGUGCUUCCUCCCACCGCCACAGCCGCUGUCCUACUCCUCCGCCAGGGUUCGUGCAGCGACUCGCACCCCUCGGCUGGGGUGCGCGCUGUGCACCUGCCUGCCCGAAAACAUGUUGCGGGAGCCCGAGAGCCGGGGUCUCCCGAGCCCUCAGGCCGCGGGGGAGCAGCACGGCGGCCAAGACGGUGAGACCGUGGCCUUGACCGUCUCUCAGGAGUUGGCCCUGAGCCCCCUCCUGCAGGAGAGCACCAAGGAGGGCCUCGGCGCCGUGAGGGAGGGGGCUGCGGAGCCCGCCCCCACCGGCCAAGGCGCGAGGACCUUGGCAACCAAAGCCCUGAGGCGGCGCAGGGCCUACCGCCGUCUGAAUCGGACGGUGGCUGAGGUGGUGUAGUUUCUGCUGGUGAAGGACGAGAAGAAGAGUCCCGUCACACGCUUUGAGAUGGUGAAGUAUGUUGUCGGAGAUUUGAAGGAUCUGUUCCCGGAGAUCAUCGCAAGGGCCGCAGAGCAUCUGCGGUAUGUCUUUGGUUUCGAGCUGAAACAGCUUGACCGCAAGCACCACACUUACAUCCUCAUCCACAAACUAAAACCUCUUGAGGAGGAGGAGGAUCUGGGAGGAGAUGGCCCCAGAUUGGGUCUCUUAAUGAUGAUCUUGGGGCUUAUCUACAUGAAAGGUAAUAGCGUCAGGGAGGCCCAGGUCUGGGACAUGCUGCGUCGGUUGGGAGUGCUGCCUUCAAAGUAUCACUUCCUCUUUGGGUACCCGAAAAGGCUUAUUAUGGAAGAAUUUGUGCAGCAGCGAUACCUCAAUUACAGGCGGGUGCCUCACACGAAUCCACUGGAAUAUGAAUUCUCUUGGGUCCGAAGCAGCCUGGAAAUCAGCAAGAUGAAAGUCCUGGGGUUCGUGGCCAGGCUCCAUAAGAAAGAACCCCAGCACUGGGCAGUGCAGUACCGUGAAGCCCUGGCAGAUGAGGCCGAUAGGGCCAGAGCUGAGGCCAGUAUGAGGGCUAGAGUCAGAGCCAGAACCAGUGCAAGGGCCGGUCUCCACCACUAGUGAGGACUAGAGGAAAGCUGGCCAACAAGAGCCCUCUGGGUAUGGAAGCUACUGUCUUCUACUGUCUUGAGUCACAAGUAGUAUAGGUGGGGGAGAGUAGUUAGUUUCUGAAAAAAUUGUGUAACUUUAGUAUUUUUGUUAAAUCAUUUAUAAACGAGAUGGGUCUUUUUUUCUAUAGGAUUUUGAUGUAGAAUUUUACUGUCUUUGUAAAAUGGAUUGAAAAACUUUGCAUUUUAUUCUGUGUUCUUAAAACAGGUUAUGCAGCAUUGUAAUGCUGCAAUUUAAUUGUUUAAAGGACCCUCAGCAGUGUGAUCUGGUACCAAGGGAAAAAAUAGCUGAUUUGUGUCUAGCUUCCAAUACUUUUUGUCUGUUGUAUUAAAAAAAAAAAAAAAAAACUGAUAACCUACCUCUAUUUUCUUGUUCUUUUGGUAUCUGGAAGAAAAGUUAAAUCCAGUAAAUAGUAGUAUACCUUGGUACACUUAAUAAAUUAAACAUGUAAAGCAUCUUUUUUUGUGAUGCACUGUUUUGGGCAUUUGGGGAUAGAAUGUGUCCCUUUUUUUAAGAGUUGGAGAAGUUACAGUGUGGUGAGUUGAAAGCUACACAUGUACACCUAACCCAAGCUGGGGGUGAUUGGAUGAGGUCUGCUUGAGGUUAGCUAGUAAGACCCCUUGGGGGGCUGGGGAUGUGGCUCAAGCGGUGGUAGCGCGCUCUCCUGGCAUGCGUGCACGGGUUCUAUCCUCAGCACCACAUACAAACAAAGAUAUUUUGUCUGCCGAUAACUAAAUAAUAAAUAUUAAAAUUCUCUCUCUCUCUCUCUCUUUUUUUUUUUUUUAAAAAAAAAAGACCCCUUGGGUUCUAGGGGAGGAGAAAAGGAAAGAACAGAGAAAGAAGAUGCUAUUAGGGGAGGGUUGAAGACGGUAUUAAAAAUUAUUUAAGCUGAGCUCAGUGGUGCACGCCUGUAAUUCCAUCAGCUUGGGAGGCUGAGGCAGGAGGAUCUUGGGUUCAAAGCCAGCCUCAGUAAAAGUGAGGCACUAAACAACUCAGUGACACCCUGUCUCUAAACAAAAUACAAAAUAGGGCUGGGGAUGUGGCUCAGUGGUCAAGUGCCCCUGAAUUCAUUCCUUGGUACAAAAAAAAAAAAAAAGAUUUUAAGAUUGCAGAUGCUCAUCAAUAGAGUGGGAAACAGACCUGAAACAUGGCAGAUUUGGAAAAUACCCUACAUUUGCAAGUGCUCUUGCUCUAGGGCAGUUACAAUGUACAUUGAUGAUCACCAUAAGCAUUUUGGCCUGCUCCAUCUUCCUUCUCAACCUCUACAAGUUUCCCUCUUCUACCAAAGCCCUCAGAGGCCAAAUAGUGUAACAAUUCUGAAAUCUAUAGUGUGGAUGGAGAGUACAUAGAAAGUCUCCUACUACUGAAAACUUCUACUUCAAGAUCUCCCCUGAUGCUUGUAAGCCCAGUGCUCUCUUCCAUGUUUCUACCUGCUGGUUUCUACUCACCUCCUUCUAUUUGGUGAAGACCUGUGAGGCAUCCCUCACAUUCCUUGAAGCAUCUUAGAUAUACCAUGCCUACCACCUUCACUUUGGGAAUAAUCCUGGAGAAAGGGCACAUACAAUAAUAGGGGACUUAGUAGGUUCACACCAGAGAUGGGCGUGGGGGGAUUGUGAAAUCAUACAGCUGUCAUAAUUGAAAAGCUGUUUUCAUUUGCUGUGAUUUUUCUGCUUCCAUUUGUGUCCAAAUAGCAUUUUUUAGUAUGUUAAGGUGGGCAUACAAAUUACUUUGGGGCACAGUUCUGGGGAUCCAACAAAUCAGACCAAAAGCUAUUAAGAUAAAAAAGUUUACUAAUGAUUAAAAUAUGACCUUUUUUGUUGUUAUUUAGUAUAUUUUUAAUUUUCUAAUAUUUUUAUUUGUAAAAUGUGACUUCUGAGUAGUUUGUAAUUCAUUAAACAAAAUAUUGAGUGCC